CCCAAUUCCCUUUUCAGAUUAUUAGCUUAGCCCUCUCUCUUUCCUCUCAAUAGCCACAUCCCGCCCUCAGCCUCGCGUUACCACAAAACCCCGAUAUCCACUCCCUGCGGCGGAGAAUCCACCGGCCGAUUCAAUUCCCCGGCAUUCCUUUUCCAACCAGGUAUUAGGAAAUGGCAGAAGGUGAGGAUAUCCAGCCCCUCGUCUGUGACAAUGGUACUGGAAUGGUCAAGGCUGGGUUUGCCGGAGAUGAUGCUCCGAGGGCUGUCUUCCCUAGCAUCGUGGGACGCCCUCGCCACACCGGUGUGAUGGUUGGUAUGGGCCAGAAAGAUGCUUAUGUUGGUGACGAGGCUCAAUCAAAGAGAGGUAUUCUGACCUUGAAAUAUCCGAUUGAGCAUGGUAUUGUCAGCAACUGGGAUGACAUGGAGAAAAUUUGGCAUCAUACCUUUUACAAUGAGCUCCGUGUGGCGCCGGAAGAGCAUCCGGUUCUUCUCACAGAAGCCCCUCUCAAUCCCAAGGCUAAUCGUGAGAAGAUGACGCAAAUUAUGUUUGAGACCUUCAACACCCCUGCUAUGUAUGUUGCCAUCCAGGCCGUCCUUUCUCUUUAUGCCAGUGGCCGUACAACUGGAUCCUUGGAUUCUUGUUUCUUUUUCCUUAUAGGUAUCGUUCUGGAUUCUGGAGAUGGUGUCUCCCACACAGUCCCCAUCUACGAAGGAUAUGCACUCCCACAUGCUAUCCUCCGUCUGGAUUUGGCCGGUCGCGAUCUGACCGACGCCCUCAUGAAAAUCCUGACCGAGCGUGGCUACUCCUUCACCACCACAGCCGAGCGAGAAAUCGUGAGGGACAUGAAGGAGAAGCUGGCCUACAUCGCGCUCGACUACGAGCAAGAGCUGGAGACAUCCAAGACCAGCUCAUCAGUCGAGAAGAGCUACGAGCUGCCUGAUGGACAGGUCAUCACCAUUGGAGCUGAGAGGUUCCGAUGCCCUGAAGUCCUCUUCCAGCCGUCCAUGAUCGGAAUGGAAGCUGCUGGGAUUCACGAAACCACUUACAACUCCAUCAUGAAGUGCGACGUGGAUAUCAGGAAGGACCUCUACGGCAACAUUGUUCUCAGUGGUGGAUCCACCAUGUUCCCUGGCAUUGCGGACAGGAUGAGCAAGGAGAUCACCGCGUUGGCUCCCAGCAGCAUGAAGAUCAAGGUCGUUGCUCCUCCCGAGAGGAAGUACAGUGUCUGGAUAGGUGGCUCUAUCCUGGCUUCCCUCAGCACAUUCCAGCAGAUGUGGAUUGCAAAGGCAGAGUAUGACGAGUCUGGACCAUCCAUUGUCCACAGGAAAUGCUUCUGAUCGAAAUAUCGUAUUGCCGGAGGAGCCUUGGCGAACAAUAUACAUAAUACUAUACCUUUUGUAUCGAGGAAAGGAAGUUCUACUUCUACCUGAGAAUCACGUGGGUUGCAAGCAACAUGUUCUCUUCCAUCUAUAUAUUUUUUGGUUUAAUUUCGGGUCUUGUGCUCUGUUAUUUCUUAUUUGUCUGGACAAGAAACAUUUUUUUUUUCUCAUUUUAUCAUUCGGAUAUGUUAUUUGUAGAAGAAGAAAGAGUUUGUGUAAUUUUGUAACCUGAUUUGGUCGUGGGUUAAAAAGUUUUCAGGGCAUUCAUUAUUCCUAUUACAUAAUUGGUCGUGUAACAGUCUAUUUUUGUUCUAAAUAAGAGUAAAAAAAAAGGAACACUAUAAAUUA